AUGUCUGACACCGAGAACCAUCCUUCCAAAAUGGCCAGCGCACAACAGCACUGGGUUGAGUCGACGACCAAGGCGGGCGUCGACCCAACAUCCGACGCCACAGGCAGCCCAGCUCGCCCCCGCGACACGCUCGCGACGGAUGCCCGCGCUGCGGCCGAUGCUGAGCACAAAAUGUCCCUCAUGGACGGCAUCCGGGCCUACCCGCGCGCCGUAGCCUGGUCGGUCGUCAUCUCGACGGCCACGACCAUGGACGGGUACGACACGGGCUUCCUGUCGUCCCUCUUGGGGCUGCCCGCCUUCCGCCAGCAGUUUGGCCAUGCCCAGGGCAACGGCUAUGUCAUCUCGCCGGCGUGGCAGUCGGCCAUUGGCAACUCGAGCAGCAUCGGCAUCUUUCUGGGCGUUCUGCUCAACGGCUGGCUGACGGACUACCUGGGCCACCGCCGCAUUCUCAUGAGCUGCUACGUUCUGAUCACGGCGCUCGUCUUCAUCCCCUUUUUUGCGCCCAGCGUCGGCGUCCUCGUGGCCGGCGAGAUCUUGUGCGGCAUCGUCUGGGGCCAGUUCAGCAUCACGGGCGCCACGUACGCCUCGGAGGUGUGUCCGCUGCCGCUGCGCGCGUACCUGACGUCGUACAUCAACAUCACCUGGAUCCUGGGGCAGUUCAUUGCGGCCCUCGUGCUGCGCGGCGUGGCCAGCCUGCCGGACACGAACCCGUGGGCGUACCGCAUCCCGUUUGCGGUGCAGUGGGUGUGGCCGAUCCCGCUGUGCCUGGGGGCCUACCUGGCGCCCGAGUCGCCGUGGUGGCUGGUGCGGCAGGGCCGGCUCGACGAGGCCGAGGUGUCCCUGCGGCGGCUGUCGAGCAAGAAGGCGGCGCACCAGGUCUCGCCGCACCAGACGAUGGCCAUGAUGGUGCACACGGACCAGCUUGAGCGGGCCUACGAGGAGGGCACGUCGUACCUCGACUGCUUCCGGGGCGUGAAUCUGCGGCGGACGGAGAUUGCCUGCAUGGCCUGGUGCAUCCAGGUCUUUUUUGGGCUGCCGCUCAACGGCUACGACACGUACUUUUUCGAGCAGGCGGGCCUGGACACCGUCUACGCGUUCGACCUGACCGUCGGCGACCGGCUCAUUGCCCUGACCGGCACGGCCCUCUCGUGGCUCAUGCUCACCUACUUUGGCCGCCGCACCAUCUACCAGAUUGGCAUCACCUGCAACGUCAUUCUCCUCAUCACCAUUGGCGGCGCCGCCUCGGCCCACAACAACGGCGGCGCCUGGGCCCAGUCCAUCCUGCUCAUGUGCUGGCCCUUUGUCACCAGCAUGACCGUCGGCUCCGUCGCCUUUGCCAUUGUCAGCGAGGUCGGCUCCACCCGCCUGCGCGCCAAGACCAUCGCCAUCGCGCGCAACACCUGGAACCUGCUCAACAUCAUCUUUGGCGUCGUCAUGCCGUACCUCAUCAACCCGGACGCCGCCGGGCUGCAGGGCAAAGCCGCCUUCAUUUUCGUGUUUCUGGGCGCGCUAAGUCUCGUCUGGGUGGUCUUCCGCCUGCCCGAGACCAAGCACCGCACCUACGAGGAGCUCGACAUUUUGUUCCUGCGCAAGGUCAAAGCCCGCGAUUUCAAGAACACCGCCGUCGCCGCCUACCAGGAGGACAUUCACAAAGCCGUGGGGCAAUGA